AUGGAAAACAUAGAAGAUUUUCAGUUCCCACAUACGUUCGUUUUAUUAGGAGCUUCAGGAGAUUUAGCAAAAAAGAAAAUCUAUCCUACUAUUUGGUAUUUAUAUAGAGAUAACCUUCUACCUAAAAAUACAAAAUUUAUUGGAUACGCUCGAACUAAACAAACUAUACAAGAAGUGAGAGAAAAAUCUAAAAAGUAUAUGAAAAUUCGACCUGGAGACGAAAGCAAAUUUGAAGAAUUUUGGGAUUGUAAUGAUUACUUGGCAGGAUCCUAUGAUAAAAGAAUUGACUACGAGUUACUAAAUCAACACUUAAGUAAAUAUGAAAAAGGGCUUGUAGCCAAUAGAAUAUUUUAUUUAGCUGUUCCUCCAACAGUUUUUGAAGAUGUAACAGUGAACAUUAAAAAUGCUUGUAUAUCAAUCAAAGGUUAUACCCGAGUAAUUAUUGAAAAGCCUUUUGGUAGAGAUGAUGUAAGCUCUGAGGCUCUCAGCAAUCACUUAGCUUGCUUAUUCAGAGAGGAGCAGCUUUAUAGAAUAGACCAUUAUCUGGGAAAGGAAAUGGUUCAAAACCUGAUGACAAUUCGUUUUGCUAAUCAGAUCUUUAGUCCCUCUUGGAAUAGAGAAAAUAUUGCAUCAGUUCUAAUUUCUUUCAAAGAACCAUUUGGAACUGAAGGUAGAGGAGGGUAUUUUGAUGACUUUGGAAUUGUUCGUGAUGUAAUGCAAAACCAUUUAUUACAAAUUCUUUCACUUGUUGCUAUGGAAAAACCAGUGACAUUAAAUCCAAAUGACAUAAGAGAUGAAAAAGUAAAAGUCCUGAGGCAUAUAAAACCAAUAGAAUUAAAUGACAUACUUGUUGGACAGUAUGUUGGGAAUUCUAAUGGUCGGGGAGAAGAAAAGUUAGGCUAUCUUGAUGAUCCUACUGUCCCUAAAGAUUCAGUUACUCCAACAUAUGCUGUUGCUGCCCUUUAUAUUAACAAUUCUAGGUGGGAAGGAGUACCUUUUAUUCUACGUUGCGGAAAAGCCUUGAAUGAAAGAAAAGCUGAAGUGAGGGUUCAGUAUAAAGAUGUGCCUGGUGACAUAUUUGAAGGUCAUACUAAAAGAAAUGAAUUAGUUGUUAGAGUCCAACCUGGUGAAGCACUAUAUUUAAAGCUAAUGUGUAAAUCACCAGGUAUGAAGUUUGAUUUGAUGGAAACAGAAUUAGAUUUGACAUAUAGUAUGCGUUACAAAGAGACUGAUGUCCCUGAUGCAUAUGAGAGACUUAUUCUUGACGUAUUCACUGGAAGUCAGAUGCAUUUUGUUAGAAAUGAUGAGUUAAAGGAAGCAUGGCGAAUCUUCACACCAGUUUUAAAACAACUUGAAGAACAACAAGUGAAGCCUAUUUCAUAUGUUUAUGGCUCUCGCGGGCCACCAGAAGCUGAUUCAAAACUAGCAGAAUAUGACUUUAAGUAUUCUGGAUCCUAUAAAUGGCAAAAGCCUACAAUGUCUUGA